AUGGUGGCGGGUGGGCGGGGUCGGGCCAGCUCGAGCACGGAGGGAGUCAGGGUUGUCGGGUUUCUUUCCGGACGGACGCCGCUCGGCGCCACGCUGCUCCUGCCCGCCCGCCUGCCCGCCCGCCUGCCCGCCUGCCAACCAAGGGCGAGAGGGCACAGAGACCUGGGCCGCCCCGGGCCCCCCUGCCCCCGAUCGGCGGCGGCGGCGCGGAUGAAGGCGGAGGGCGCGGGCGGGCCGAGCCCGGGGCCGGGGCCGGGGCCGGGGCCGAGCCCGGGUCUGGAGCGGUUCCGGAGCCCGGGCAAAGGGCGGGGGCUGCGGGCCGAGCGGCCCUUCCGACUCGGGGACCUGCUGUUCUCCUGCCCGGCCUACACCUACGUGCUCACGGUCAACGAGAGGGGCAACCACUGCGACUACUGCUUCGCCAGGAAAGAAGGUCUAUCCAAGUGUGGGAGAUGCAAGCAGGCAUUUUACUGCAAUGUGGAGUGUCAGAAAGAAGACUGGCCCACUCACAAGUUGGAGUGUUCAGCCAUGUGUGUUUUGGGGGAAAGCUGGAAUCCCUCAGAGACCGUCAGGCUGACAGCCAGGAUUUUGGCCAAACAGAAAGCCCAUCCUGAGAGAACACCAUCGGAGAAAUUGUUAGCAGUUAAAGAGUUUGAGUCACAUCUUGAUAAGCUAGACAAUGAGAAGAGAGAAUUGAUCCAGAGUGACAUUGCUGCUCUUCAUCACUUUUAUUCAAAGCAUAUAGAAUACCCGGACAAUGCUAGCCUGGUCGUACUGUUCGCACAGGUGAACUGUAAUGGCUUCACAAUCGAAGAUGAAGAACUUUCUCAUUUAGGAUCAGCAAUAUUUCCUGACGUUGCCCUGAUGAACCACAGUUGUUGUCCAAAUGUGAUUGUGACGUACAAGGGGACGCUAGCGGAAGUGAGAGCUGUGCAAGAAAUUAACCCAGGAGAUGAGAUUUUUACUAGUUAUAUUGACCUGCUGUAUCCAACGGAGGAUAGAAAUGAUCGGUUGCGAGACUCCUAUUUCUUUACUUGUGAGUGCCAGGAGUGUAUUACUAAAGAAAAGGAUAAGGCCAAGGUGGAAAUUCGAAAAUUGAAUGAUCCCCCUAAGGCAGAAGCUAUCCGAGACAUGAUCAAAUAUGCUCGGAACGUCAUUGAGGAGUUCAGAAGAGCCAAGCACUACAAAUCCCCUAGUGAGCUGCUGGAGAUCUGUGAACUCAGCCAAGAGAAGAUGGGCUCCGUGUUUGAGGACAGUAAUGUUUAUAUGCUGCACAUGAUGUACCAGGCCAUGGGUGUGUGCUUGUAUAUGCAAGACUGGGAAGGUGCCCUGCGCUAUGGUCAGAAGAUCAUUAAACCCUACAGCAAGCAUUAUCCCCUGUACUCUCUGAACGUGGCGUCCAUGUGGUUGAAGUUAGGCCGGCUCUACAUGGGACUGGAAAACAAAUCGGCUGGAGUGAAGGCCCUUAAGAAGGCUCUCACCAUUAUGGAAGUAGCACAUGGCAAGGAUCACCCCUACAUUUUAGAGAUCAAAAAGGAAAUAGAAGACCACUGAAUCUUCGCAACGCUUCCACUCUUACUCAACUUCAUUGUUUUGGACAUCUCGGAGAACUUGAAUGGUUUGAAGUUUUACAUGUCUGUAAGCCAGAAUCAGAAGCGUUUAACGCACUGACACCCUGCAUAUAUGGCUAGCUCUGAAAUUUGCCUGAACUCUCUCGACCCUUGGUUAGAAAAUUCAUUUUGGAAUGCUCUUUUCUAAGAAGAUGCCACGGUUUCAUACACUAUGCUUAUAACUAAUCAAGUUUAACCAAGUAUUUUUUUGUCCUCUCUGCUGGUUUGACUGUUUGGAGCAGACCCGAGCGCUACGUGAGGUAAUAAAAGGGAUCCCUAACCUUC